AUGGAGUCUGUUGAGCUAGAUUCUCGUACCCCGGACCUGGAGGGUGUCGAUCUCGAAAGAAAUGAGAAUGGUUUUCUGAUGAAUACCUCUGUGCGCAAUUUUUCGUGGUCUGGACUUACUGUUACUGUCAAGGAUCGGCAGACGAAGAAGGCGAGAGACUUGAUCAACGGUAUCAGUGGUGAUGUGCUGCAAGGAGAAGUUGUGGCUUUGAUGGGUCCUUCAGGAUGUGGAAAGACAACACUGCUUAAUGUCUUGGCUCGUCGACCUACCACAUCCAGUAAGGUUAGCGGUGAUAGCUUUGCAAAUGGUCAGCAUAUCAAUUCCGCCUCAUUUGGACGCAUGACUUCCUACGUUGAGCAGGAAGAUGCCCUGAUUGGAUCCUUGACUGUUCGGGAGACAUUGAAGUUUGCUGCAGAUCUCUCAUUACCGAGCUCAGUGUUAAAGAGACAGCGUAUGGAUCGUAUUCAAAUGCUGCUUCAGGCUUUUGGGAUUCAGAAUCAGGAAGAUAUACUCGUUGGUACGCCGAUUCGGAAGGGGAUUAGUGGUGGUCAGAAACGUAGGGUCAGUGUGGCUAGCCAGCUUAUCACCUGCCCGAAGAUCUUGUUUAUGGAUGAACCCACCAGUGGACUCGACUCGACAGCAAGCUUUGAAGUCAUCUCGUACGUGAAGGAGUUGGCGAGGGCGAAUCGUAUCAUCGUCAUCGCAAGUAUCCACCAGCCCUCGACGAACAUAUUUCGUCUGUUUGAUAAGUUGCUUCUUCUUUCGGCUGGGCGCUCGUGUUACUUUGGACCUGUUGCCAGUGUCGAAAACUACUUUCGCCAGAUAGGUCAUCCUAUUCCAGGGCAUACCAACCCUGCAGAGUUUCUUCUUGACAUUGUCAGCUCGGACUUUGACAUUGUCAAGGAGGAUGCCCUAGCACGGGUGCAGGGGAUCCUGAAUGCCUGGACAAACUCAACAGAGUCUCAUGCACUCACUGCACUAGUUUCCGAGCGAGAUCGGAAUAUAGAGAAGGCUAUGGAUAAGCUGGUAGAUGACGUGUCUCGACCGGGGGCAAUCAGUAUCACCUCAACUCUCCUUCAUCGGUCUUUCAUCAAAAGCUACCGUGAUGUGGUGGCGUACGGGAUCCGGAUUGUGAUGUAUCUUGGACUUGCAAUCAUGAUGGGAACUGUCUGGCUCCGCCUUCAUCCAUCACAAGAGUACAUCCAAUCAUUUGUGAAUGCCAUCUUCUUCGGAUCAGCGUUCAUGUCAUUUAUGGCAGUUGCAUAUGUUCCGGCAUUCCUAGAAGACCGAGCCACCUUCGUCAAAGAGCGAGCAAACGGCCUGUAUGGUGCAACCCCAUUCGUGAUCGCUAACUUACUCAUCGGUCUUCCCUUCCUCUUCCUCAUAUCCAUUUUGUUCUCCAUUGUCUCAUACUGGCUCUCCAACUUUCGCCCCACAGCCGAUGCAUUCUUCACCUGGGUGAUGUGGAUCUUCCUUGAUCUCAUCGCCGCCGAAUCCCUUGUAGUAUUUGUGACGGCGAUAUUCCCCAAUUUCAUAAUCUCUCUGACAUUAGUGGCCUUUGCGAACGGGCUCUGGAUGAGCGUGGGUGGGUUCUUGGUGACUCCGAAGAUCCUUAAUCCGUUUUGGAAAUACGUGUUCCACUACAUCGACUAUCAGGCGUAUGUGUUCCAAGGUAUGAUGGUGAAUGAGUUCUCUGAACGGACGUAUUCGUGUGCCGCUGGGUGCCAGUGCAUGUACACGACGGACUUGGCGUCUGAGUGUCAGAUUCGCGGCACCGACGUGUUGGAGUCAUAUGGCUAUGCUGCAGGCAGGACUGGUAAGUGGGUUGGGAUUCUCAUCGGUAUUAUUACCGUGUAUCGGUUAUUAGGCUGGAUUGCGCUUCACCUGCACAGGACCUGA